CUAUAAAUGGCCCUCCGGACGCCUCGGGAGCACAACUUUGGCCGAGCGCGGGGCGCCCCCUCUCCGGCCCGUGGGUCAUGCAGGCCCCCGAGGCGCGCCCGGGCGGCGCUGCCCGCCCCAAGCAGCUGACCUCUUUCCUCAUUCGAGACAUCCUGCGCCCCGGCGGCGCUCCCGCCUCGGAGCCCGGCCGGGAGGCGCGUCCGCCGGCGCGGAGGGACCGGCCCGGGGCCAGCCCAGCCCCCGAGAAGCCCCGCGCGGCGGAGGCGACAGAUCAGUCUGCAGAGGCCUUCCUCUCUCAUUCUGAGAACACCCCCAAAUCCUUACCGAGACUCCCAAAGCAGCAAAAGCGUUCCCGGGCUGCCUUCUCCCAUAUGCAGGUCAUAGAGCUUGAGAAGAAGUUCAAUCACCAGAAGUACCUGUCUGCACCUGAGCGAGCCCACCUAGCCAAGCACCUGAAACUCACCGAAACCCAAGUGAAAAUCUGGUUCCAGAACAGAAGAUAUAAGACCAAGAGGAAGCAGCUGGCCUCAGAAUUUGGUGGUCUUGAUAAGAACUCAGCAAUUCCAGCCUUCAAAGAACGUGACUUCUCCAGGGCUACUCUGGCCCUUUCUGUGUAUCACAGCUACCAGUAUAAUCCAUAUGUCUACUACCUGAAUGGCUGGAGUCCAAUCUUGUGGUAACUAAUAUACUGAGUGAUCUACUUGCCACAGGGUCUAAAAACACUCUUCAGCCACCACCCAGCCACUGACUUUGCUACAGUGGGGUAGAUUGCAAGUCAGACUUUGCCAGAGACAAUUGGCUUCCUCCUGUUUUAUUUUUCUCUCCUCUAUCUUGGGACAUCCAGGGAGCUCGCAUGGUGCUCUUGAGCUACAGCUAUGGUGUUUGCUUCCCAUGGUGCAAUCUGGGUGACAUACAAAAUAAAUAUUAUAAAAUAUGCCUCUUUUCCUGCAAGGGAUCACGUCUUUCCUCGAAAGUCAGUCUGCAAAGUAAUUCACAACCUGCAUAUAAUGUGCAGCACGUUUCACGUGUAGGGAGAGAGAUACUACUAUAUUGUGAGAAGUGCACUGAAUGAUGGAAACUCCAGAAGUGUUCAUCCCUAGAAGAGGCUGCCUGCUUCAGGAAAAGACCAGCGCUCAGCAGGGCAGCACAUGUUUUUUGUGCAGAAAGCCCCCAGUCCAAUCCCUCGCAUCUCUAGUGAGAAAGAUCGGGCAGUACAGCAGUACACCUUUUCUGGCCUGACGCACACACCCCUUGCCCCCAAACAUGGAUUUGGGGACCCACUUCUUAAUUAUUAAUAUUCUUUAAAUUAUCAAUUUGUAUGGUGGCCGGGCUGCUUUUGUGGUCUGCCUUAAGUCAGGCUGUGAUCCAGUGGUGCAGAGAGCCAAGCUGAUACCAUCCAGAUGUUGUCAGACUC